CUCUCCUUCCGGAGUUUCCCCUCAGCAACAGCUGCUGCCUCCCCCCUCACAGCUCUUCCUCCGCGGCCGCCAUGUUGGCUCGGGAUGGUGAAGCGGGGCUCCUCUAAGGGCUUGUGAGCGAGCCUGAAAGCCCUCCAUGGAGCUCCUGGAGCGGGGCUGAGCGGCCCCUUCCGAGGCGGAAUUAUUCAGGCCCGCCGAGGAGCCGUCUCCGUCAGGCAGAAAGGACCAUGGGGUGUAUUAAAAGUAAAGAAGAUAAAAGUCCUACCAUGAAAUAUAGGACUGAAAAUCCUCCAGACCCUAUUACAUCUCAUGCCAGCCAUUAUGGAUCUGAUUCAGCACAAACAAACCAGACACCUGCAACAAAGGGAUCCUCAGUUAAUUUUAACAGCCAUUCCAUUACUCCUUUUGGUGGACCAUCUGGUGUGACACCUUUUGGAGGAGCAUCUUCCUCAUUUCCAUCUGUGCCAUGUCCUUACCCUAGUGGCUUAACAGCUGGUGUUACUAUUUUUGUGGCCUUAUAUGACUAUGAAGCCCGAACUACAGAUGACCUUUCCUUCAAGAAGGGUGAACGGUUUCAGAUAAUCAAUAACACGGAAGGAGACUGGUGGGAAGCAAGAUCUAUUGCAACAGGAAAGAGUGGCUACAUUCCCAGCAAUUACGUAGCCCCUGCAGACUCCAUUCAAGCAGAAGAAUGGUAUUUUGGUAAAAUGGGCAGGAAAGAUGCAGAAAGAUUACUUUUAAAUCCUGGGAACCAACGUGGCAUUUUCUUAGUUCGAGAAAGUGAAACCACAAAAGGUGCUUACUCCCUUUCAAUUCGUGACUGGGAUGAGAUUAGAGGUGAUAAUGUGAAACACUACAAAAUUAGAAAACUUGACAAUGGUGGAUAUUAUAUAACAACUAGAGCACAGUUUGAAUCUUUACAAAAGCUUGUUAAACACUAUACAGAUCAUGCUGAUGGCCUGUGCCAUAAAUUGACAACAGUGUGCCCAACUGUGAAACCUCAAACACAGGGCUUAGCAAAAGAUGCCUGGGAAAUUCCUAGAGAAUCAUUACGGUUAGAGGUUAAGCUUGGUCAGGGAUGCUUUGGUGAGGUCUGGAUGGGGACAUGGAACGGAACUACAAAAGUAGCAAUCAAGACACUAAAACCUGGUACAAUGUUGCCAGAAGCUUUCCUCCAAGAAGCCCAGAUCAUGAAGAAACUAAGACACGAUAAACUUGUCCCGCUCUAUGCUGUUGUGUCUGAGGAACCAAUCUACAUAGUGACAGAAUUCAUGACAAAGGGUAGCUUACUAGACUUUCUUAAGGAAGGAGAAGGGAAGUAUUUAAAGCUUCCACAGUUGGUGGAUAUGGCUGCUCAGAUUGCAGAUGGUAUGGCCUACAUUGAAAGAAUGAACUACAUUCAUAGAGACCUUCGGGCAGCUAACAUUCUUGUAGGAGACAACUUGGUGUGCAAAAUUGCAGACUUUGGCCUAGCAAGAUUAAUAGAGGACAAUGAAUAUACUGCCAGACAAGGGGCCAAAUUUCCAAUUAAGUGGACAGCACCUGAGGCUGCAUUAUAUGGUCGGUUUACAAUUAAAUCAGAUGUCUGGUCUUUUGGAAUUUUGUUGACAGAGCUUGUAACAAAAGGUCGUGUCCCAUAUCCAGGCAUGGUGAACCGAGAAGUUUUGGAACAAGUGGAACGUGGCUAUAGAAUGCCUUGUCCCCAAGGAUGCCCUGAAUCUCUCCAUGAAUUAAUGAAACUAUGCUGGAAGAAAGAUCCUGAUGAAAGACCAACUUUUGAAUACAUUCAGUCUUUCUUGGAAGAUUAUUUCACAGCUACAGAACCACAGUACCAACCUGGAGACAAUUUAUAAUUUCACAUCUUACAUACCAUGAAUAGAUCUGCCAAAUGUAAAAUAUUUUCAAAAAAGAAUACCCUUGUUCAUUAGAAGGACUGAGAAAGCAAAUUGCCAGUUGCAUGCUCUCAGUGGCUAGCAAACGGGAAUUUCAAAAUACGGUUGCGGAAAACCCCCUUUCAAGUGUUAUAGUCAAAACGUAUCAAUGAGAUAAUAUUUUUCUCCCCUAUUAUGUGAGGGUCCAAAAGGAGCAUAUAGAUAAAAAUGGGUGAAAUUUUAACAUUACCGUUAAAAAAGGCCUGUUUUGUAUGAAAUGGUAAGCUAAGAAUCUCAGGAAGCCUGGUUUCUUGUAUUAUCAGCAGUGUGUUAAUACACAUUACCUGGUCAUUCCUAUUGGCAGGAGGAGCUAUUGCCUCUAGUUUGUUGGAAUUUAAACCAGAGAAGUACUUUCAAAUGAGAGAGUUCAACAGUAUAUUCCAGCACACCACUUUUCCUCCAUGAACCACGGUUUCUGCAGAUGCCUGGCUGUCAUGUUAUGAAACCAUGACUGAAGAGUAGAGCUGCUAAUACAAUUUUUACUUUUAUUUUUUUCUCUCUUCAAACGUUUUACCUUAUGGCAGCACCAGUAAUUAUAUAAAUAUCAGAAUGGAAAUGUUGGAAGAAUAAUGAAGAAAGUUGAUGGGACCAAUCAAUUCCAGGUUUUUUUUUUCCCGGAGUAAAAUAAGAGUAGUUUAUUCAUUGAAUUGAGAUCAAUACAACCCUAAUUUUGAGCUUCAUUUUAGUUAGGGUGGAAAAAAGUAUUCUUUAUAAAAUCAAAAAGAAAUUAUGAUAAACUUGAUUAAAUGCUAGACCUCAGUAGUGGAACUGAAGAGCAUAAUGCACUGUGUCAAUACUUUAUGUUAAUAGAACUGGAAAGUAGCAUAUGGGAAUUGAUUUUUUCUUGCCUAGUUUAAUUAAGAAUGAUGAAGGUAACUACAGAAUGAAUUAAUGUUUUAUAUGUAUUAAUGGAGAAUAGUGUUCAAACUUGAAACCAUAAAAAUGCAAUCAGAGGUAAAUCCCCUUAGUCUUUCACGAUACGACCUUUCAGUGUGAUAUUUCCAGUGUAACAUAGCUCUCAGCUCUGUGCUUAAGGGGCCUCUUUUAGAAGAGAUAAAUCUGGAAAAGGGAGAAAUGUGAUCAAUAUUAAUUAGUAUGUCCAAAGUAAAAAUGCCAUAGAUUCAGGGAUUCAUUUGAUUGCACUUCUUCCUUUCUUAAAAAGAUAUAUAUACUCGGCAACAAGGACAAUGCAUUUAUGAAAAACUAAGGCGCCCAGUGGGUUGGAGCCAAAACUGAUCUUUCAAAACUAGAAAAGCUCCUUAUGUUGAUGGGAAGGAUCCACUUCGCAUUCUCUUCUGGAUCUAUCUCAUGCUGCCUUGUACACAGUUCACUUAUUCUCCAAAGCAGGUCUUCAGAGUCAUAAGGAAUGGCAUUGGAAGGAAGAAGUUGUGGAAAUGCUUGCCUGUAUCUUUAAGAUCAUCCAGUUGCUAGAGUCCCACAGUGUGGUUUUGGCCCAUCCCAUUGUAGUUCCUAUUGAGUUCAUGGAGGCAAAUCAGAGAUUGAUACUUAGCCCUCACAUACUAUAGCCAGACUCCAACCCAACUGGUAUGCAUGAGAACUGGGUUUGUACUGUUCUUUCUUAAAAGUCAAAAUCCCACCAAAAAGUUGUUAAAAAUGGAAUUGAGAUGAGCCUGGAUCCAGUUUAUCUUCUCGGAUCCCACUAACUGGUCAGAUAAUAGUGGUAAACAUUUCCUUCCAAGAGUUCAACAUUUGUCUUGGACUUUAUGUGCCAUUCCCCAUGGAUUAGAGUGCAGAAGCCUUCUAUACAUGCAUUACCCCCAGAUAUAAUGGGAAAUAAGAUUCUACCAUACCUUCUGACAUAUCAAGCAAUAACAUUCCUGGGGUAAUGUGUGGUUUCCAGGCUGUGUGGUCAUGUUCUAGUAGCAUUUUCUCCUGGCGUUUCGCCAGCAUCUGUGGCUGGCAUUUUCAGAGGGUCAGAACUCCAUUUAAAUCCCCUUGAAAGGUUAACCGUGAAUGAGUUAUGUGUAUGCCAGCCUCUGAAGAUGCCAGGCACAGAUGCAGGCAAAACGCCAGGAGAAAAUGCUGCUAGAACACAGCCAUACAGCCUGGAAACCACACAACACCUCGGUGAUUCCGACCAUGAAAGCCUUUGACAAUAAAAUGCUUUUCGGCAUCAUUAGAAUUUGCCGGUCACAUUUAAGAUAUGUUUUGCACUGCAAAAGUUUUCUAUGAAAAUUGUUCUCAUAUUAUCAGACAAAUCAUACAGAUUUGGUUCUGAUGAAACAACUAUGCCUGUUCAGGAGUUAUGAAUUAUCUCAGAAUUAUUUUUAUAAAAUAGUGCAAUCAUGUUGCAUUUUCUCUUAUCGUUUGUAUUUCCCGAACUUUGAAAUUUUUAAGGGCUUUAUGUAGAAAAUAAUUAAAUAUGGGAUUGUAUUUUUUUCUCUGUGUUAGAAUGAGUAAUGCAAGUAUGUUUGUGUAAUAAUUCAAAACACCAGAAAGUCAUUCUUGUAUUGAUUGGGUUUUAAUUAACAAAUGAAACAAUUCAUUGUAACAGCAUUUGUAUAGAAAAGGUAUCUAAAGAGCACUAAUUUAAUGAAAAAAUUAUUAUGCAUUUUUGAACUACAAGAUCAGCUUCCAUAUCUGUGAUUUUUCUGAUAGUAUUUUACCUCAAUACUUUGAUGGGAACUUAUUUUGGCAAAUAAGAACUCUGUUGAAACACUUUUUAUAAAUAGUAUGUUUAAAAGUGUAAUUAUUUUUAUAAAGCAUGGUGUUAAAUAAUGUUUUGCAGGAUUGAUUUGAAAUUACAUUUACCCUAAUUACAGAAGCUUAUUUUUUAAGAAAAAUAUAACCUGGAAAGUUUCCAGGCUUCUUUGUUAACACUAAUAUGUAAUUUCCUGAGAAAAGGUCCAUCUGAACUUAAGUGUGGUUGAACAUCACAUCUUCAUAAUGGGAUGAUUGUUUUAAACUCUGGAAGACUUUGAUCUCAGCUGUUUUAUUUUGCAUUAUUUUUAAUAGAUGAGAAGAUUUUCAGAGCACAUUUUGCAAGUGUCAUGAUUUACUACUUAGAUUUUUUUUCCCCUAGGGUACAAGAGCUGUUUUUCAGAGAGAAUUUAUUAAUCCUGAUUGAAAACCUGUAAGACAGAUUCUGAACAAUCCCUUUCCCAUUAAUUAUUGCUCAACACUAAUGAUGAUUUUGCUGUAUCUGCAUGAGGCACUUUGUUACACUGAACAUAGUAAUUAAUGUGUAUACUUUUCAUUGAUUUGCCAGAUACAAGGUGCAUCAUCUACUCUGGAGUUGCAAUUUGACACCACUUGAAUUGCCAUGGCUCAGUGCAAUGGGAUUGUGGGAGUUGUCGUUCACUCUUUGCCAGAAAAGACUAGAGACCUUGGAAAACUACAACUCUUGUGAUUCCAUAGCAUUGAGCCAUGGCAGUUCAAGUGGUGUCAAAUUGCAUUAAUUUCUGUAGUGGAGAUGCAUCCAGUGACCGAAAAACAAUACUCCUUGGUCUGGCUCCAAGGAGAUAGUAUCUGGACUAUUAAUUCCAAGCAACAGCAAAUGCCAGGGGAAGGGAGGAUUUUGCAUUUAACAGCAGUCAUCUGAGAGAUGAGAUGUUUAUAUUUUAAGUGGAUUGCUGAAUUGGAAGCAUCUAAGCACAAUAAACUACCAUAUUUCUUCAAUUCUAAGACAUAAUCAAUUAUAAGACAAACACUAAUUCAGUACCAACAUUAGAAACAAAGCAAGCUUGUUUUCGCUGCCCUGGAGACUAGGACACAGAGCAAUGGUUUUAACCUACAGGAAAGGAGAUUCCACCUGAACAUUAAGAAGAACAUUCUAACUCUGAAAGCUGUUCAGCAGUGGAACUCUCUGCCCCAGAGUGUGGUGGAGACUCUUCUUUGGAGGCUUUUAAACAGGCUGGAUGGCCAUCUGUCAGGGGUGUUUUGAUUGUGUUUUUCCUGCAUGGCAGGGGGUUGGACUGGAUGGUCCAUGAAGUCUCUUCCAACUCUGAUUCUGUGAUAUUUAAAAAAAAAAACACCUGCAUGUUCAGAGGUGUUUAUAUGGGAGAAAGUGCAUCUUAGAAUUGAAGAAAUGCAGUAUUUUGUUUUACACAGUCUCAGUUACCAUUUUCUUGUGCGGCUCCUAUUCAUUUCAUUUGGGGCUUGCGGUGGGAACAUUCCCGAUAGGUUAUGCCUCUGGGUAUAAUUGGUCAGCCACUAUAUUUUUACAUACAAACACUCUUCAUUUCGAAUACAGUUUGUUGCGUUGUGUCCCAUGUCUUCUGCCACAGCUUCAUUGAUCAGCCAGCCUUGUACAGCUAGUCCCAACAUCUCCAGUGUACAGAAGUGCCAUUGUGUAUUAUGACUUUAGGACUGAGGGGAUACUGUUUUCUACACAUCCGAGAUGCAAACUUUUUACAUGUUUUCAACUACUACGUUUGUUGUAUUUUCAGCACUUCCUGUACUGUAACCAUGGUUAAUCAUUUGAGGAUGAUUUUGGUAUUUUAAUGGAAACCGUUAUUGUAACAUUUCUGAUCGAAACUGUAGUGCAAGCCUUGUCUAUCGGUUUUAUUGGAGAUACAUUGUGUGGUAACUUUCCAAUUUUUUGUUUUGUUUGGGUUUUCCUAUCAUGCUGUGUUCACAGGCUUAAAUAUUUUUGAAUAUUUUAUUACUUUUGCAUAAUUAAACUUUCCAAAGUUU